ACUGCGGACACAGUACAGGAGAUGGCCAGAGACUGCGGACACAGUACAGGAGAUGGCCAGAGACUGCGGACACAGUACAGGAGAUGGCCAGAGACUGCGGACACAGUACAGGAGAUGGCCAGAGACUGCGGACACAGUACAGGAGAUGGCCAGAGACUGCGGACACAGUACAGGAGAUGGCCAGAGACUGCGGACACAGUACAGGAGAUAGCCAGAGACUGGGGACACAGGACAGGGAAUGACCAGAGACUGUGGACAUAGUACAGAAGACCAGAGACUGCAGACAGUGCAGGGGAUAACCAAAGACUGCAGACAACAGUAAAGGAAAUUACCAAAGACUGCGUAC